AUGUGCACCACCCUCUUCCUGCUUAGCACCUUGGCCAUGCUCUGGCGCCGCAGAUUCGCCAACCGGGUCCAACCAGAGCCCAGUGGAGUGAAGGAGGCAGUUAGGGGCAGCAGCUUGGAAAGAGACCUCCAGUCCUCAGGCAGCCUCAGCGGCUCCACUGCCUGA